GCAAAUGUCCAUGUCCCGUGAAACAUUGAAUAAACAUUUUUUUUAAAGGCUUCGAAAAUUUAUGGAAUAAUUUUCCAAAUAAUCAGCAAAGUGUAAAGCGAUUGCAAUGGCUAUAAAUAGUCCAUAUCUUUACUUCUCUAGUGGGUCAUUCCUGUUGCUGGAGUAACUUAAAAACUCGAACAAAACAAUAUGAUUUAUAAAACAUUAAAGGAUUAAUGAUUUGCUCAUUGUAAAUUUGAAUUGCAAAAUGAGCAGCCGUGAAAGAAAUAAGGAGAGUUGUAAACGUUGGCGAGAAAAGUUAAAGGAAGAUGAAAUAAAGUUCGAAAGUAAUAGAUUAAAGAACAAUGAAAGAAUGAGAAUUCAUAGGCAAUUGUUAAAAGAUAUGGCUGAAGGAAAUGACGAUCUAAUUGAAAAGAAAAGACGUUAUGAUCGUCUACGUAAGAGACGUUAUCGAGAGAAGCUUGCACGAAUGCGAAUUGAAAAACAAACAAUGGAUGAAAGCUCAGGACCACCAAAUUACAAAAGAACCACAGACAAGCAGUACAGCUUAUUGAAACACAAAAUGGCAAUACUUAUGAAUCAAAUAAAAGAUUCCAAUAAUGUUGGUUCCAAUAAAAAGCAUAAUAUCUAUUGGGAAGAAUUAACACAAAGUUUAAAUAAGCUUGGACCACCCUACCGGACAUUACAACAAUGGAAAAAGGUUUGGUCCGACUUUAGACGUGCGGAAAAUAGACGAAAAUUUAAAUUGAAAUCUGUCAGUAAAUCGAAAUAUGAUACACAAAACUUUAGCUAUAGUAAUGAUGAAGCGGAGGACACUACAGAAUACCGAUACGAAAGUGUGCCCAACAGCGAACAAAAACAAACUAUAAAAACUGAAACUGAAGAUUAUGAUGGUCAUCAUAACAACCAAACAGUACAAGCAACUUUUGCUAAUGAGUAUGACAACGAAUAUUCCUAUCCAGAUGAAGAACCUUUAGAAGAAUCUUAUGCUGAUGAUACACAAUUAUUUAUACCCGCAGAAACCUCUUGCAAUUCAUUUAGUUAUAGCCAGUCUAAAGCAACAGCACAACAGCAAAUACCUUUUCAACAGUCGGAAAAUAUUCAUCAAUUCUCUAAACCACCUCCUCUACAACCCUCAAAUGCCCGUCCCUUUGAUCAAACCUUUUAUACGCUACACAACCAAAUGGAACAUCAGACUAAACUGUUAGAACAUCUAACACAAAUGUCCAGUACCAUGACAAAUCUAAUGGAACAACAAGUUUUGGCAGUGGAAAAACAAACUGAAGCCAUAAAACGUCAAGCUUCUGCUACGGAGCAUCAUACACGAGCCAUGCAGAGUUUUAUCGAUAUGAUUAGAGAAAAAAUGCUAAAGGGUAGUUCCGCACAGAAAUCGACUAGUUCUGCUGCAAACUUAGCAAAGAAUAUUUUGUAAAAAUUUUGAUAUUAGUUAUUUUCGUUUUACUAUUAAUUUAUUAUAACUUUUUUUAGUUAUUAGUUUAUUAAUGAAUACAAAAUCUGUAAUGAAGUACAGAGCAUUUAACUUUAUAUACUUUUGGUAAUAAAUAUUUUCUUUUAAAACUAA